AUGGUUUUCUGCCGCACCAUCGACGAGCGAAUCUGGGCCCUCAACCGCCAGGGCAAGGUCCCUAUCGCCGCCUCCAGUCAGGGCCACGAGGCCGCGCAGUUGGGCAGCCUGCUGGCCGCCGAAAAAGACGGCGACUGCUUUCUCUUCCCCUACUACCGCGACCUCGCCCUCAAGUUCGCCGCCGGCCUGACCGCCGAACAGGUGAUGCGCUCCUUCAUGGGCAAGGUGGGCGACCCCUACAGUAAUGGUCGCCAGUUCCCCCUCCAAGGCGCCGACCUUCCCCGCAAGAUUAUCCAGAUCUCCAACGUCGUUGCCGCCGGGCUCACGCAGUCGGUGGGCUAUGCCAUGGCUUGCAGGAUGCGGGGCGAGUCCACUGUCGCCCUCGUCUACUUCGGCGACGGAGCCUCCAGUCAGGGAGAGACCCACGAGGCAAUGAACUUCGCUGGUUUGUCCUACUCCAGUUCUUAA